AGCGGCGCUCAUCCGAUGCCGCGCAGCGACCAGACAUCAGUGCGCAAAGAAAGCCCUUCAGAUGGCACAUCUGUUUUCUCUGUAGCCGCUUCCUGAUUCAGAACCACUUCGAUUCAAAGGAUUUUCCGGAGACGCAAAAAGAAAAGCUGUUCCAUUACAAAUAAAAUCAUCAUCUUUGCUGGUUGAGUUGUCUCAUCGUUUAAAGCAUAAGAGAACAGAAUGAACAACAGAGAUCGCUGGAGAGUAUACAAGAGGGUGUGUGCCAUGUUCUUUCUGGCUGUGGUGGCACUCACCAUUGUCCAGAGGGGGAGCAUCAACAUGGGGACUCCUUUUGAACUGGAGCGGCAGGCUCGCAUGCACGGUUCCCAGGUAGCCCAGCCUGAAGCGUCCUCAGAGGAAAAUCCUCGCUCGUACCUGGGGUUAAAAAGCUUCUGGAAGGUUGGCAGGCAAAAGCCACAGCUCAAAGCCUGGGCCAUCACGCGGGAGCCAAUGAUUACUGAUGACAGCAGCCCCGGUAACUGGGACAUAACCAGCUCCAACUGCAGCGCCAAUCUCAACCUGUCAAGCCAGGCAUGGUACAUGGGGCUUGAGGGCAACUUCAGACAGUUUAUGCUUUAUCGCCACUGCCGUUUUUUCCCUAUAAUUAUCAACCACCCAGAAAAGUGCACAGGGGAGAUUUAUUUGCUCAUGGUGAUUAAAUCGGUGGCCAUCCAGCAUGACCGUAGAGAAGUUAUUCGAAAAACCUGGGGUAAGGAGCAGGUGAUCAAUGGCAAGAGGAUAAAGACCCUGUUCCUACUGGGUAAGCCUUCAAAUGAUGCAGAAAGAGCUAACCAUCAAAAGCUUGUAGAGUAUGAAGACUAUAUCUAUGGAGAUAUUCUUCAGUGGGACUUCUUAGACAGUUUCUUCAAUCUGACACUUAAAGAGACUCAUUUUCUAAAGUGGUUCCACACCUACUGCCCCAGAGUGCAAUAUGUUUUCAAGGGGGACGAUGACGUUUUUGUAAGCGUGGAGAACAUUUUUGAGUUCCUGGAAGGUAGCAGCCAUGAUAAGAAUCUGUUCAUAGGGGAUGUGAUUUUCAAGGCUAAGCCCAUUCGUAAGAAGGAGAGCAAAUAUUACAUCCCUCAUGCUCUGUAUAAUAAAACCUACUACCCUCCAUACGCCGGUGGAGGAGGUUUUCUUAUGCAUGGGAUUCUGGCGAGGAGGCUUCACUGGGCCGCUGAAACCCUGGAGCUCUACCCAAUUGACGACGUGUUCUUGGGUAUGUGUCUUGAGGCACUGCAGGUCACGCCCGUAAAACACAAUGCCUUCAAAACAUUUGGCCUAGUGAAAAACAAAAAGAGUAAAAUGAACUGGGAGCCCUGUUUCUUCAAAAACAUGAUAGUGGUGCACAAGCUCCUCCCGUCGGACCUCAUGCACAUGUGGCAUCUGGUCAACAGUGACCUGAACUGCUCAAAGAAAGCGGAACUACUAUAGCUCCAGGAGAGUUAUAAACAAAACCCACAAGCUGAACUUUACCACUGCGGUAGAGUAAGGUGCUGUCAAAUGUGGAGAAAGCAAACAUUUAAGUAAACUCUUCUUUAUGUGGAGAGAGAAAAAGACAGUUUUUAAUUUGCUGUUACUUAGCAGCAAUAGAUGUUUUAGAGGAGUUUCCUUAAAUGUCAAGUAAGUUAUUACAAUUUUAAAAGCUUUACGAAGAAUUGUGAGUAUAUAUGUACAUAUUGAGAAACUGUGCUAGCACUCAAUUUCAGAGGCAGCGUCUAUCACGGUAAUAUUUUUAUUCUGUUAUGUAUCCUGCAGCAGGCUCUGCUGCAAAUGUUCAAAAGUGGACUUUGCAACAAGCAGUCAUAAAUCCCUUCCUCCUCACCUUUUCUGUGGUCUGAACAACAAACCUCCCACCUUCAUUUGGUGGUAAUGUCCUCUUUUUGGAUUACUUCUGACAAUGAACUUAAAUUUCACAAGUACAAACAGCACAACAUCAAAAACAUGUUUUACCGUAUUAGCUACAACAUCAGAAGGCAAUACAGGAAAAAUGUGUGACUGCAAUUUGUAUUAGUAGAAGGGCCAAAGGUUUUCUUUUUAAAUCAAGGUUGCCUGCAGUAAAGCUUUCAGUUAGAAGUCAUAAAUUACUUCAAUUUAGGUAAUAAUUGCACGGUUCUGUAGCUUCAGAUGAAUUCAAGUCAAAUGAAAAAGCAACUACACUCAAAAACAAAAUAGCUUGUUACCAUUAAAUAAUAAUAAUAGUAAUGAUAAUAAUAAAUCACUAAAAAAAGCCUGUCUUUCUUUGAACAUAAAACAAUUAUGUUGUUGUAUGUUAUAAUAUAGCUGGGCUGGCUUAACUUAAUCUUGUAGGGUUGAUUCCUUUUUUUUUGCCAGAGUUUAUCUGAUAAAUUUAAAGUGAGUGGGUUAAAUAUCUUUUAAAUUAUUUACUUAAAAAAAAAAGAAAAAAAUAAUUUUGUCAAUUUAAAUGAAUCUUACUGUAGUGGUGCAUUGGAUUUGUUUCAGAAGUUUCAGCUAAGAUCUGGGAAUGGCAUCAUGUUUUCUAGUUGGAAGCUGGAGAACCGGUAGGGUAAUUAUUGACAACAACAAUGCAUUUCUCUCCACUUGUGUGUUCAAACACUAAAGGAAGGUGUUUACAGUUAUACAUUUUGCAGCACUGUGUCUGCCACUGGUUUAAAGAGACAAACCAUCAGAAGUGCUUAUAAAUGGUUUAUGCUUGUAGUUGUGACAAAAAUGUUAAAUGCGCAGCAGCUAUAUUGCAUUUUUUUCCCCCACUGGGAACUGUAGAAACUCCAGCUUCUGUGGGAAGAGAAAGCGCCAUGCAAGCAUGCGUUGUCAGUUGUAGUCAUUUCAGUCUUGUUAGAUGAAAACAAGUCAAACGUAAAUAUGCACACAAGAAUACAUUUUUUACCAAACCUAAACAGAAAUAUUUUUCUAUUUAACUUAAAUUAGUCAAAUAUGUGCCAUGGUUUGUUUUUUGAGUGUACCUGAUUCAGGCAAAAACCUUUCAUUAAAUUGACCAAUUUAACAGCUAUUAUUUUAUUUACGCUAAAUAAUAUGUGAAUCACUUGGAUUUCUGAGUUAAAUAAUUUAGUGAAUAAAAAUUAAUCCUCAAAAUAUUUUAAACAUUUUUGUCAGUCUUGUUAAACGAAAACAGAUCAAAACAGAACUAAAGUGAACCCAGGAAAAAAAAAUACAGUGGUAAAUAAGUUGAGUCAAAUUUUUAAACACUGCUGAGCACUCCACGUAUGUAUGUUAUAUUGAAACUACAAAAUUGCUUAAAAACGUGUUGCAGCUAGAGAACAGCUAGAAUAAAUUAUUCAACAAAGGUUAAAUCAACACAUUUAGUAUUUUGUCAGAGCGUAUUUCACUUAUCAAAUGUGUUGUAGUCGGGUGUUUUUUCAGUAUAACUCACUGGGAAAACUAAUAUCAUUGGCCAUUUUUAGAGCAAUUUCAAAUGUUUUUUCAAAACAAAAUUGGAAUCACUUAAGUGUGUCUUGUAGAAGUCACUUUACCUGUGGGCAUGUCUGAUUUAAUCUAGAAAUUUACUGGAUGCACAUUACUCUAAAUUUUAAAAAGCAUUUUUAUACUUGCUGCACACAUUAAGUCUGUGGAUUUGAAUGUGCUGAUAUACUUGACAUGAAUUCAUUAGGGGGAGCUGACUAUAACACUGUGAAUUUCAAACUGUUGCUGGUACGAAUGCAUAGCAUCUGUCCCCUCAAUGAAAGAAGGGGGCAAAUGUGGGAGUUCUUGAAUUUAUUUAAACAUAAUAUUGUCAACUUAUGUGAUUAUAACCUCAAAUGACAGGGGUGUAGUGGUUGGUGAUUAUGUCUAAAUAAUGUAAAUAUAUGUAAUAUUGAAUGUAUACAUAUAUGUACAUGGGAUAUCAUCUGUAAAGAAAACAUCUUCACAAUAAAAGUAGAAAAUGUGUCCUAGAUUGGCUGUU